AUGCGUGGAUUUAUUUUGAUACUCAUUCAUUCCAUUGCAAUAAUCGAGUGCGAAAAUCAAGUAGGAGCUAAAAUCCAAUUUCCAAAAGAUUUUAAUGUCCAAAUACCGGAUACGAAAUUUCAUUCUCAAACAAGAUUUGAGUCAAGUAACCAACAGCUUAAGGUGAAAUCACCCGGAAUUUUAUCAAAAUUUGACAGUGAGUGUAAUUGUCCCGAAAAAGCGUACAUCGUGUUUUUAAGUGCCGACAAUAUGAAGAAAUUCCAGCGCCGCAGCUCCUCUGGUGGCCGAAUGAUUGAGCAGCCAUUUUAUGUUGACGAGCCUAGUUGGGUGAUGCUCAGCGAGUCAAACACUAAUUUAAUGUCGAAUGACAACAAAUUGAUAAAGCAAACUGAUCAAGAUCCGUUUUAUUUAGCCCGCGGAAGGAAAUCCACUAUGACGAUGAAUUUUCCGUUUAGUAAUGAGAAGAAACGCUGGUUCAAUUUAAAAGACAGGCAGAAGCGUUCGGACAUUUCGGAUUUAUUACACGAGCCAUUUUUUAUAUCACGUGGUAAAAAAAAAAGUUAUAAUGAUUAUUAUUACCACAGAGGUGACACUCGUGUAAAUGAAAAUAAUAGAGGGAUUUAUUUGUAUGAUAAAAGAAAUGAAGGGAGUAAUAAUAAUGGUUAUAGUUAUAAAUUGUUGGAGGAUAAUGACGAUACAGAUGGGCAAUCACGUGGUCGCAGAGAUUUUGUUGAUCAAUUACUCCGAGAAAACGAUCCUUUUUACGUCACUCGAGGUUAG